UCUUACAAAUUUUAUUAAACUUGUCUGGCUUUGAUGUUGUACUCUAAGAAACCUGAGCUAACAAGUAUAAAAUGUAACUCUUCAUAUCUGUUUGUCUGCUACGCUACUUUUCACUAACGUGGGCCAACCACACACUUUUUUUUAACCAGUCAAUGGCCUGGCUCAAAAGAGAAAAACUGCAUUUGUAAAGGGCCGUUUAAACUAAUUAUGUUUACAUGUCAGCAUCAAGUACAGUAGCAGUGGUAGUAACCGCAACUGCAAAAGCACAUUAAAAAGCGUUGCCACAACAGACUUACUGGCUAGUAUCCACGGCAGACACAGUUGGACCUAGCACUAUAAACUGUGAACCUGCGUGGCUGCUUCAGGGAGAUUUUACUACCUUAUCAGACUUAUUUUUUUUAUUGUUAGUGUAACCUAAUGUAUGUUUAUUCUUUAUAUUAUUCUGUAGACAUAUAACAACAUAAUAAUACCGACUUGAUUACAACGUUUUAGCAUUAGCCUAUCAUUCUAUAUACACACUGUUUUUCUGAAAUUUAAACUCGGCACAUUCAAAAUUCUUAAUUCCUCAAACAUUUCUACACUAUUAUUAAUUAGUAAUAACUUUUAUUAUAAGAUACACAUAAAAGCAGAGACAGAGAACAAUAAUUUUAGGUUAUAGUACAGUGCCUUUGUUUAUUUUGUUUCAUUUUUAUUAGUUAGGUGCAGUGCGGAAUAUGUGUUUUCAUAUGUUUUUAAAUAUAAACAUUGCAUAUUUUUUAAAUAUAGCUUUUUAUUUUAGACAGGUCAAAAUUUCAUUAAUAAGUGGGAACAUCAAUGUGUGUGCUUCGACGUUAUAUACACUGUACAGUAGUAAAGAGACAGUGCCUUCUAAAAAAAAAUGAUCAGCUGUAUAAUAUGUAGGAAUAAUAAGCUAAUUUACUUAGGGUAAUGUUUUUGGUAAAGUUGUGUUUGAAAGGGCCUCAUCAGAGACUUGUCCUUUUUUCCUGGUAGAGUAGACUUUGGAUUUCACCAUAUAUGCUUGUUUUCUUAACCCCUCCCCUCCCCAGUCUGGAAUCCAAAGUCAUUUUCAUUCAGUUGAGUGAAUGGGGUUCUCCUCUGGAAUGCGUCACCAACAAAGAGUUUACAGCACGCGUAAUAGCCCCACAGGACACUGUCGCCUAGCAUGCGGAUAUAGCGACAAUAUCCUCAAAUAGCCUAAGGAUUGGUGGACAUCAAAACACCUUUUGCUUAGUAUGUAUAUAUACUAUAGUUGGAAUGUUUCCCUGCGUUAGGAAGUAUAUAGUACUAUUUCCAAACGCGCGGCAUUGGGCAUAUCUGUAGUAGCAUUAGCAAUGGCCUAUGCCUUGUUUGGUGCAUAUGUAAGCAUUUGAAUGAUUACUGGUUAGUUUUCAGUGGGUUUGAAUGAAGAUAAUGUCGACGGCUUUACUGUGGCUAUAUAUUUUUACGUUAUUCUUUGAUCUCAGCUCUUUUGCCUCACUGUUUUGUAUUUUCAGUGAAUAAACCUGAAUGCAAUUUUCAGCACACGUGGUUAUUUUAAAUGAAUCCAUCGUUUCAAAUUAAUCACGUUCUGUUAUGUAUAGCUUUGCAUUCAUGCUGGAACACAUUUCGAAACAUUUGCACUAUUUGCUGUAUUUCUGUUUAUGUCGCCCAAGGUCGCAAGCAUUAAUUUGAUGUUGUAAUAUGAUACUGUAUACCACUAGUGAUUUCUCUCUCCAAUAAAUGCAAAUAUAGGCCCAUCUAAACACAAAAUACUAAAAAUGUCAAACUUGUUAUAUGGCUUCUUUUAAUUUGACAUGAAAUCAACAUUACAUAUUUGCUAAAACCACAUAUAUUUAAAUGAAUGCAUUAAAGGAAACAGUAUAGUGCAUUAUGUUCACGUUGAGCAUGGCACGCCGAAAUCUAAAAUAAUAUAAAAUUAAUAAAGUACAGUAAAAAAAGGACCUUUUUUAAACACAUAACAUAAUGAAAUUGUGUGUAAAUGAUUUGGGAUUGAUUCAUUCCAAUAUUUUGAACUGAUACCCAUACCACAUUUGAUUUUUAACACAGUGUUGUCUUUUUAAUAAUGUGUACUAAAAUGGCAGUAAUGUGUAGUAAUGCUAGAUAUUUGGGUCUAGGUAUUCUGCGAGGUGUAAACGUUUCUCAUUAUACUAGUAUAUAAUGAGGAACGUUUACAUAUAUCCUCAUAUAUACCAAAAAUGAACAAAUAAAUAAAUAACUAAUUAUAUUGAAUGAAAUAAAUUCAGAAAGAUUAAAAUAUUUAAGAAAAUAUUAGUUUCAACCUACUCCUGAUUUUUAAGUGUGACUUUUAGGUAGGCUUUUUUACAACAUCAGUAGCCUAUUAAAGCAAAUACUGAAGUCGAUCGCAGGGUAUCCAAAUUUUGUAUAACAACGGAAGAUGGAGGUUAAUGUUUAUAUAUUCCCUUAAAUCAGCGUGAAUUAGCAAUGAUACUGCCGUGCUGUUGUUGUCUCAGAAUGGAAAGUAUGUUUCUUAAUGACAACUUAAAACCCGUUUGAAGGAUUCAAUUAUGUUAAUACAAGAAAAAGCUAUCUAUUAUAUAAAACUACAUUGUUUAUAGUAAAACUAGACUAUAUGCACAAGUGGGGAAAUAUGUGAAUAAGCAGCUCCUUGUACCGUAUAAACAAGACAUUUUCUUUAAUACAGCCACACAGCGGAAAGUGCUGUAUUUUAGAUAUAAUAUGCUACGUACUUGUAAAUCCUAUAAAGAUGUCUGUUACAGGCUAAUGUGUAUGUUUUAAAAGCUAAAUGUUGAGAUGAAUAGAACACUGAGUGAGCUCGCACUGUAGUGUGCUCGUAAAUGUGUAGUGUGCACCGCAGUCUCAUUUUUAUCCUGAGUCACCCUGCACAGUUUAACUGCCAACACUGCAGCGAAUACUGUAUUCCACCGAUUUGUACAAUGUUAAAGCACAAGAUCGUUAUCCUAUUAGCGAAUGCGACGACAUAGCGAAUUAUAAAUGAUAUCUCCCUUUUUCGAGGGAGAUAUCGCAAUAUAUUUUAUAUUCUAUCUAAUAAACUGAUAUCAAGUGAGAAAAAAAUAUCCUUGUUAGUCACCGAAUUCAUUUGAAUCUCUAUAUAAUUAAUUUUAUAACACACAAAACUGAAAUUUUAAAUAAGGCUGGACUAAGAAGACAAUUUUAGUAAGAAAGGUCACACUCAUAAAACAGUCAAAUAUACACGGUUUAAUGUUUUAUUUUGAUAAUGCGUCUUUCCCUUAAAAACAACAUUAUAUCAUCAAACAAAUUGCAUUUUUACAUGCAGCCUAUACAUGUUUACAUGAACAACAUUUGAAUACAAUAAUUGUGUGUGUGUGGGGGGGGGGGGUAAAUAAAGUGGGCUAAGUGGAAGCAGCUUUAGCAUCAAGGUACCACGCCCUCGGAAAAACAGAUAAAGGGUCUUUAGCUGCAUUGACUGCUCUAUGCUGCACUGUUUUUAGUUUUUUAUUUUUAUACGGUUAUUUGCAGAGGAAUGUUUCAUAUUAAACACGUUAUAUUUGUUUGUUCUGUAGCUAUAUGCCACAACUUAAUUAUUUUAACAAUUUAACAAUUUGAUUCGAUGCAUUGAUUCCGACAAUAUGAUACAGUCUCACACCAAAGCUUUCAAUUAUUUAUACUGACAUAAGAUUUUACUUUCACUUUAGUUCAGAGAAUCUAAAUUAUAUUGCUUUCGCAUUCUAUAACAAGGAGAAAUCAGAUCCAUCUCAUAAUCAGCAACCCUUCCUAUUAAACAAAUAAUGAGUAGCUAAGUGAAACGGCAUAAAAGCAUAAAUGUCCUUUGUUUUCUUUUGCUUUUAGCUGUUUUGCUGAAUCAAAAACUUUAAUUAGCUGUUUUGCAACUAAAAAAGAGAGGCAUAAUGGCCCUCAUUACUCUGGGUCGAGUAUUUGUAAACUAUUUAACUAAUAUAACAGUGUAGCAGUUUUAAUAGCUAUUUGUAGUAUAAGAUUAAUAUUGAGAGUCUGAAUUGCACACAUAUUUUUAUUUGUUGUGGCUAUAUUUUGAUAAUGUCUGGUGUUUCCACAGAAAACAGGGCGGAAAAAAAGCCCGACCUCAUGUGGCCGGUUUCAUACUGGGCCUAACACUGACAAUGACUGCAGACCAAAAUCAACAGAUUUCCAAGUGUCGCAAAUACGCUUAUAAGAAAAAUUUCAUCUAAAAUACAGCGAUUCACAUAUUAACUGUAAAAUGUUUAAGCGGUGUCGUUUUUUAAACAUACAAGAGCGUGAAGUUAAAGUAUUUAAUAGAUUUGUAGAAUAAAAUUAUUUUAAUGUGUAUGUUUCAGCCAGUAGACUGUUAAUAAUUCCAAAUUCGGAAACCAAAUGAAUAAAAAAAAAAAUUAUUUAGAAAACAUUUCACAUAGCUAUUAUUUCAAUUAACAAGAUGAUUAAGUUUGUAUAGAAUUAAGUAGAUUAAGUUGAAUCGCAAAAAAAUGCAAAUUACAGAAAAAAAUAAAAUAAAUAAAAGAAUGGAAAUUACAAUAAAUUUACGAAACUUAGGCUAUGUAGAUUGUGUUAUGCAAUUACAUUUUGCUAAACAAAAACAAACAAUUGCAGUAAAACGGAUAAAGCUAAAAACUCUUUUUUUUCUAAGCUUUCUCAUACAAUUUUAAGAGCUAACAGAGUUGGUCAACAGUUUUCUGGUAUAUUCGACAGAGGUUUGAUGAGACUUUUUUCACAAGCGUAGUGUUGGUUUUAUGUAAUACCAGGAACUCAACUGCAGUUUUAUUAACGACACGUUUAUGAACAAUCAAAUGGUCCUCGUAAAAAUUUAUUGAAGGACAUAAAAGCAUGCACGACCGCUUGACGAAUAUAGCCGCAGUUGUGGUGCGUUUUCAGGCAUCUUACUAUUCCCACCGCCCCGAUUUGUUUAAAACUCCAUUUUAUGAGGGAUAUCCCAAUUGUAUUUAUUUGAAACUCGUGGAAAAUAGGACUUUUGUGCGUAAAAGCAACCCUUUACACAACACUAGAGCCGUGUAUUUGUCAAAAGUAUUCCAUUGGGUCCUUUCCAAUUAUAUAUAAUUAAUAGUGAAACAGUGAGAAAGUAAUAUACAUCUGUUUCUUUUUUCUAAUUGUUUUAAUAAAUAACAUUGUGCAGUGAGGGAUGCGUACAAGGCUAGCCACAGCACAGUAGCAUUCUCUAGACAGAGAUUGAUUACACCAACAAAUAGUGCCCCUUUUAAGACCGUUAACACACAUUCACUGCUGCUUCGUAAGACUACAAAUAACUAUUUACCUUAAUCAGUUGCAUCAUAAUGUAUUGGAAACACACCAUCUUCAUAUGUUUAGGCUCUGUUAAAAAAAAAUAACAUUAGUAUUAAGCAACCUACUGCAAGCUCGAAGUGCAUUGCUGUUCCAGGAGAACGCGCGCAUUGAUCUGCUGUGCAGUUUUUCAGGGGGUAAAUGCAAUCACGUGUUCCAUUGGCGUCCAAUCCCAGCUAGGGAAGCUUUCUGAAAUAAUUACCUGUCUUGAUUGUUCUACGGUCAGAUAAAAAAGUACAGAUACACUCCAUAUAAUAAUCGGAUGCAUGUAAAAGAGAAGGGAAACAUCGCCAUGUCGGCUACGGGUCCCAUAAGUAAUUAUUAUGUGGAUUCCUUGAUCAACCAUGAGAGCGAGGAUGUUCUAGCGAGUCGUUUCACAGCCACUGGUCCGAUAUCCUCCAGCUCACGCCCGACGCCCCUGGUCCCGGAAUGCGCGGAUUACCCGUCCUGCAGCUUUGCCCCGAAACCACCAGUCUUUACUACCUCGUGGGCCCCUGUUCACUCCCAGUCGUCAGUGGUUUACCAUCCAUACACUCACCAACCUCACCUAGGCACAGACUCAAGGUACGUUCGCUCUUGGCUGGAGCCUAUCCCCGGUACCGUGUCAUUUCCAGGAUACGCAGGGAAUAGCAGGCACUACGGGCUGAAGCCCGACACCUUCCAGGAUACCCGUACUGGAGACUCUUUGGGCUCGAACGGACGCACUUACACGGAUUAUCUCUACUGCUCCGCCGUCGACAUUCGGGAAAAGCACCAGAACACACCGUCGCCUGAGACGGAGAGUCUGUCUUCCGGGAAGCACAAAGACGACAAGGCUGAAUUAGACCCGAAUAAUCCUGUGGCAAACUGGAUCCACGCGCGCUCCACUCGAAAGAAGCGUUGUCCAUACACCAAGUAUCAAACACUCGAACUCGAAAAGGAAUUUUUAUUCAAUAUGUACCUCACAAGAGACCGGCGAUAUGAGGUAGCAAGGGUGCUGAACCUGACGGAGCGACAAGUCAAAAUCUGGUUCCAGAACCGACGGAUGAAGAUGAAGAAAAUGAACAAAGAAAAAAACGACAGUAAAGAACAAUAAACUAAAAGUCAUUCUUUGGAUACAGACUGAAGGAAAAUCGUCAUUUAGUAUCGAUAUGAGUCUUAACAUUUGCACCUUCGGCCCAUAACAGGAACAUAGAAAACGAAAAGGCUACCCUUAAUGGAUAUUAAGGAUAUUAAUUCAAACGUGAUGAUAUAAGUAUGAUUUAAUGUAAGUGUAAUUUUACCAUCCAGACUUAAAUCAUAUUAAUAUUAUACGUAGAGCUAGUUUGGAUUUACAUAACAUUUAUUUACUCUCUCAGACACACACACACACACACACACACACACACACACACACAAAGAGGACUCUGCAGAGAAGCUGCCUCGAAGUUUCAGAGAGAAAAUACUUGAACUACUUUAAAUUCAAAUUCCUAAUUUAUGCUCUCUAUGUGGUUGCUUCUUUUCUAUUCUUUCAUUAUUUGUAGGAGGUUUGAAAGUCGAGUAUUUUAUAAAGAAUAACAAUUCUGUAGUUACAAAAUAUACGUGUUUGCGUCGAUGUGCUUAGUUUGUUUCUGAUGAUGUACCUGUUUGUGUAUUUUACAUUCUUUAAACUGUAAAUGAGUUUCAUCAUAGAUUGUAGAUAUAUCCAAAUAUAUACAACCGUGCUAAUAUGA